AUGGCAGCGAAGGAAUCAUUUCGCGAACGACAAACACAGGAACUGGAGGUUAUAAAAUCCAUAUUCGGCGGCGAUGUGGAAGACCUAAGACCUCAGAGUAAUGCCUCGCAGUGGAAGCCAACGGACAUACGCAUACUGCUAACUCCAUUGCGAGACUCUUCUAAUGGCUUGCCACAGGCCUAUGUCUGCACCAAGCUCCACGUGACAUGCCCAUCCAAAUAUCCAAAGGUCGCGCCAAAAAUAGUGCUGGAGGAGUCCAAGGGCAUAUCGGAUCAGCUGUUAGAGGAACUGCUCGCCCAGCUGCAGGCGCAAUCCCAGGAGCUGCUGGGCGAGGUCAUGAUUUACGAGCUGGCGCAGACGGUUCGCGAUUUUCUGCUGCAGCACAACAAACCACCGAAGGGUUCAUUCUAUGACGAAAUGCUGCAGGCCAAGCAAAAGCGAGAACAGGAGGAAAAGGACUUGCAAAGGCAAAAGGAAACCAUAGAGCGUCAAACUCUAAUGGAUGAGGUGGAGCGUCGCAAAGAAAUAUUCAAAACGGAGGCCAAGCGACGCGGCGAACCAAGACGCAGCAUGAGUGAGUCCAACAAUCGUCAUCCCAGCUCUUCGGAAAGCUCUGAAAACUCCUCGCCCUACUAUCGCGGCUACACAUAUCCCAACAAGUGCCUGGAUCAUCGAAAUACAGAAAUGCUCUCCUUUUACAAGGUGGGUCGACAAAUUCAACGUGCCUGCUGCUUGGGUCAUUCGCAGCGUGGUUGUAUUGCCUACACCGGCGUCGAUGUCCAUUCUGGCCAGCUGCUGUACCUUACUGAGUGGAACAUCAAGUAUUCACAGAUAGAGCAGCCAUGCAGUGCUAAUGGGAAGUGCCACUGGAGCUCCGAGUCCAAGUGCUUGGGUAAUCAUCGAGUGGAUGAGUUGAUAUCCUCCAUAGAGAAACAGGUGGCAGCUCUGGCACAGUUGCAGCACAAGAAUCUCAUUCAAUACGAAUGUGUGCUCUGCAUCAAACGCAAGGAGGGCUUACUGGUCUAUCUGGUGCAGGACUUUCUGCUAGGCACAAGUGUUUAUAGCAUCUCCUCUACGUUGGGCUGGUGCAUGGAUGGUGCUCGCAUGGUGGCACGCGGUGUAUUGGAAGCCCUGGUAUUCCUGCACAAUAAGGGGGUCUCACAUAGCCAUUUGCUUGACAGCACAGUGUUUAUGGACAAUGCUGGAAACAUACGUUGUACGGACUUCUCGCUGGUUCCCAACUUGCUUGAGCUGAUUGGAGGAAUUGACCAAGGCAGCAAUCGUGGCGAUUUGCCAGCAUUAGGUGCACUAGUCGAAGCACUGAUGCCCACCCAUAGCUGCGAGAUGCGUGAUUUCGUCGAUAAGUGCAAUUCGGAUCGUACCUUGUCCGCCUCUGAGCUACUGGAGCAUCCCUUUCUACGUACCUACGUGGACAACGCACAGCAACACCUGACGCUGCAGCACACGCAGAAUCGUACCUCUCUAUUGCCCAGAUCCGAGCAGGCUGUAGCCGUGCAACGUGGUGUGGUACCCUUUCAAAUACCCACCUUAGCGCUGAGCCAGUCUCGAUUGCGCACCGAGUUCGAGGUGCUCAUGUAUUUGGGCAAAGGCGCCUUCGGGGAUGUGCUAAAGGUUCGCAAUAUACUGGACAAUCGGGAAUAUGCCAUCAAACGUAUACCACUGCCCGCCCGCAGUCGUCAGCUGUACAAGAAGAUGACUCGCGAGGUGGAGCUACUGUCACGCCUAAAUCAUGAGAAUGUGGUGCGCUAUUUCAACAGCUGGAUUGAAAGUGUUAGCGAUGCAGAUGCCGCUGAAUUGGACAAAGUGCUGGGUGGCGAUUGGUCGCAGAGUCAGGAGUUGAGCACAAAGCCUGCAAAAUCACCGCAGCUUGGAAUGACCGUUGAAGAGGAAGAGACGGAAAGCUCGUCGAGCAUGUGGAAUGGUUACAUAGCCAAUAUGGAUGACUCUGACUCCGAUGGCAUUGAGUUUGUGGACUCAAAUGGCAAAGUAGCCGUUUACGACAACGACGAUGAGAGUGAAGAUACCGAGAAAGAUGAUGCACUGCAGCACAAUCAAGGCAAUUCGCCGCGCCCACAGAUGCAAGUAAUGUAUAUUCAAAUGGAGUUCUGUGAGAAAUGCACACUACGCACUGCCAUCGACGAUAAUCUCUAUGAAAACACCGAUCGGCUGUGGCGCUUGUUUCGAGAGAUUGCCGAGGGCUUGUCGCACAUACAUCAACAAGGCAUUAUACAUCGGGACCUGAAGCCGGUCAACAUAUUCUUGGACUCGCAUGAUCAAAUUAAAAUCGGCGAUUUUGGUCUGGCUACCACGAGCUUUCUAGCGCUACAAUCGCACGCCGAGUAUCCGUCGCAUUCAACCGUUCAACAUGUUACCUCGACUGAGGAGGGCACAGGUACGGGUAAAGUAGGCACUACGCUUUAUGUGGCACCAGAGCUGACGGGCAAUGCCUCCAAGUCCGUAUACAAUCAAAAGGUUGACAUGUACACACUGGGCAUUAUACUGUUCGAAAUGUGUCAGCCGCCCUUUGACACAAGCAUGGAACGCGCACAGACAAUAAUGGCUUUAAGAAAUCCGUCCAUAGUCAUACCGAAGAGCAUGUUGCAGGAUCCCAAAUACGAGAAGACGGUCAAGAUGUUGCGCUGGCUGCUUAACCACGAUCCUGCUCAACGACCAACAGCCGAGGAGCUGCUUGUCUCGGACCUUGUGCCUCCUGCUGAGCUAGAGGCUAAUGAGUUACAGGAGAUGCUGCGGCAUGCCUUGGCCAAUCCACAAAGCAAAGCCUACAAAAAUCUUGUCGCGCGUUGUCUGCAACAGGAAAGCGACGCAGUACUGGAGCACACCUACCAUCUAAGCAGUAGCCGUGCUAUGAAAUCAUGGAACUCGGCCAUUGUUAUUGAUGACAUAGUUUCGCUCAAUCCGCUCAUCGAAUUUGUCAAGGCUAAGGUAGUCAAUGUGUUUCGCAAACACGGCGCCAUUGAGGUCGACUCGCCAUUGUUGUCACCGUUAUCUUCGCGCAACAGCCACUCCAGUGCCAAUAGCAACGCCGUUCAUCUAAUGACCCACUCUGGUUCGGUGGUGCUGUUGCCCACCGAUUUGCGUACUCAAUUCGCGCGGCACGUGACCAUGAAUGGGGUGAAUCUCAUACGUCGCUAUUGCGUGGAUCGUGUUUAUCGCGAGGAGCGCGUCUUCAAUUUUCAUCCGAAACAGAAUUACGAAUGCUGCUUCGAUAUCAUAACCCCUAGCACAAGUAGCCAACUGGUGGAUGCGGAGCUGCUCUCACUGGCAUUCGAAAUAAUCAACGAGCUGCCCCGACUGCGCGACCGAAACAUCGCCAUACGAAUGAAUCAUACAAAUUUGCUGCGCUCUAUUCUAAUAUUUUGCAAUGUGCCCAAGUCGCAGUAUAGCUCACUCUUCGAAGGAUUGCUAGACUUCAUUGAGGGGCGUAUUUCACGCUUUCAGUUUCAUUCAAGCAUCACGGCGAUCAUGGAAAAGUCGCGUACAUCGGCACAGACUUUGAUGGACAUGAUGCUAGCAAACUUUCUGCUCACUGGUUCCAGGAGCAGCGUGGAUGAAUCUGCCUUGAAAUCACUGAUGCGCGGCAAGGGUGAAGCAGCUUCCUUGGCACGCAGCGCUUUACGUGAACUGGAAACCGUAAUUGGACUAGCAUACAGUCUCGGCGUGACGUGUCCGAUAAACAUUUGGGCUGGGCUUCCUAUUAACUUUGAAAGUGCCAGUACCGGUGGCAUUGUCUGGCAAAUGACCGCUGACCUCAAACCAAAUCGUUCCGGACAGCCCUCUGUGUUGGCCAUGGGCCAGCGCUAUGAUGCCAUGUUGCAUGACUUUCAAAAACAGGCGCAGAGCUUUAAUGCGGCGUUGCCGACGCGUGGCAUGCUCAGCGGCGCGGGACUCACCUUGUCUUUGGACAAGCUGGUUGCUGCCGUGGGCAAGGAUUAUGCCAAAGACUGCCGUGCCAUCGAUAUUGGCAUUUGCGUGUGUGGCACACGGCCCCCGCUCAAGGAUGUCACUUACAUCAUGCGUUUACUCUGGUCCGUGGGCAUACGUUGCGGCAUCGUGGAGACCGUCGGCAGUGGCGGUGACGAGGCGCAGGACCUGUCACGUCUGGGUGCACUGCACGUCAUAUUGGUCGCAGAGAAUGGGGCAUUGCGUGUGCGUUCCUUUGAUCGUGACCGCUUCCAGGAGCGCCAUCUGACUCGUGCGGAGCUGGUCGAGUUCAUACAGAAAAUGCAGCGCAGCGAGGCCAUCAAUGGGGGAACGGUUGGCGGAGGUCCAGACUAUACCAGUCAGCUCUCCAACAUGAGCAGCAGUGGCGGUGGCAGCGGGCGUGGUGAGAGUGGCGUCAGCUUGUCAGCGUCCAAUGUGUCCAAUAUCAAGAACAGCUACAGUCAACUGCCGUCCGUGCAGGUAACAUUCCUCACCCACGACAAGCCCACAGCCAACUAUCGAAGGCGAUUGGAAAAUCAGGUUGCGCAGCAAAUGAGCUCAACACUGUCGCAGUUCAUCAAAAAGGAAUCCUUUGAGGUGCUGGUGGUGGAGUUGCCCCCAGCAGUGGUAAAUGCCAUAGUCGGUGCCAUCAAUCCCCGAGUGUUGCGGAAAAAAGAGACUGAACCCGAAAUGACUUUUGUGAUCGAAAGAUAUCCGAAAUACAAACGUUAUAUAUCGGAAAUAUACGAGGAGAUCGUGGACCAUUUGAAUGAUGCCAAGACACCAAUUGUGGCCUUGUACAGCAUUUCCGAUUCCUACUAUCGAGUUAUCAUCUAGAUGCUGUUUGUACACUAUCGUAUCCUAGCUGUGUGAUACUGUGACAAAAUACCGAUUUAUUCAAACCAAGUUAUGAAUAAGUUUUAAGUUAAUUGAAAUUAUUUUGCAAUAAUUCUAAGAUUAGAGUUUUUUUGCUCUGUGCUC